AUGAAUGGCGCAGUCUUCGCGAAGCCACAACAACUGACGGAACGCAUUGACUCCUUGUUUGUGCCCGCUACUCUACGCUCUGCUGCUGUCCAUUUCCUUUCUCCUUGGGACACAGAUGUCUCAUCCCCUAUCGGAUGUGGUCCCAUGGAUCUUCGGGAGGCUAAGAGGGACGCCCUCAUUGUAUUGCGGCAGGAGCCGCCAUUAGCAUACACCGAUGAGAUUCACGCAGCACAAUCUUUUGCCUUCCUCCAUGUGAACUCGUCCAACCCGUCAGUUCCAAAUGCUGGUGCAUCUCUGCAAGAUGCAAGGGUGUCGAGGAGUUUCAAAAGAAAGCGGCAACUGGCGACGGCUGGAAGGGGAAGCGAUUAA